AUGACUAAGGUAGGAUGGCUUGGUUGGCAGAACGGCGGUUUCGAACCAUCGGUCCGGCAGCGACAGCCGGACUUCAGCCUCUGCCCUACACUCACCCUAGUAAUUCUUUACAAGUUUUCAAUUUCACUCUAUGACCGGGGUUUUGAAGACUUGGCCACUACUCUACGUUACAUUCUUGGGUUAACCAUUAACCUGUGUCAAACAACUAUUGAGUUCGCUUAA